AUGGCCAUAAAGUUCAUAGUCUUUCUCACCAUCGUAGCACUUGCUUUGUUCCUUCUCCUCUCCCACUCCUCCCUAAACAACUACGCCGCCCAUCCACACGGCUGCCUCGACCUCCAUUCCGACUGGGAGGACAACAUCGACUUCGAUCUCACCAACAACAUCGACUUCAAUCUUACCAACAACAUCAUACGUGUGUUCCCUGAAAUUGAUAUAAACCCUACUGAUAAGUACAUCUCGGUCCACGAACUUACUCAGUGGAAACUCCAUCAUGUCCAAACUAAACAAUUCCGUCGUAGCAAGAAGGAGAUGAUCAUUUACGAUAAGAAUCUCGACGGUUUUGUCUCCUUCGCCGAGUUCGAGUACGGUCUUUCCACUCCACCGCAAAAGACAGAUGGUGAUUCUUUUGCCUAUGAUAUGAGAGUGUUGGAAGAAGAGCAUUUUAAUGCAUCUGAUACAAAUGGAGACGGUCGUCUAAGCUUACCCGAAUUCCAUGAUUUUCUUCACCCGGCUGACAGCAACAACACAAAGCUUCAACAAUGGCUAUGCAGGGAGGAAGUCUGGGAACGUGACACCGACAGAGAUGGGAAGGUCAGUUAUAUAGAAUUUUUGAAUGGGAUCUUUGUUUCCAUAAGAUCCUAUGAUGAAGAAAAUUACAUUUACUCACAUCAUUCUGAUGAAUCAAAGAAUGCUUACGCCAAAGUUGUGUUUUCUCAGCUUGACAAAGAUGGUGACGGGUAUUUGUCAGCUAUUGAAUUACUGCCUAUAAUUGGGAAAGUCCAUCCAUCCUGGCGUUAUUAUGCAAGGAAGCAGGCGGAAUACUUUGGUUCCCAGGCACGAGUUGGCAAAUAUGGGCGCCUUAAUUUGAAUGAGAUGAUUAAGUAUGCAGAUAUAUUGUACGCUGCCAUUUUCCGCGAUGAGUCCUAUUAA